GGCGGGGCACGGCAGCCUCCGGGGCCCAGGUCGGCGGGAGGUAGGCCCCGGGAGGAGCAGGGCCCGGGCCCGCCCCCGGGGCAGGCGGGGUUGCCCCAGGGCUUCUCUGGGCCUGGCUGCAGACCGCCUGGCGGGGUGGGCACGGCCGCGGUCCUGUGUGCGUGGCGGGGGCCUGGGCACCGCCCUCCCUGCUUCACCGGGCGAAGGCUGUGCCAGCGCUUUUGUCCGCCAACGUCCUUCACCCCUCAGCCCGUGAGGAGGGCCCCUCUGAAUCCUCCUGCUGGAUUCGCCGCUCAGGCCUCAUCUCAGCCCCUCCUCUCCACCUCCUGCAUCGCUGAAAGUGGCUCCCACUGUGGGAACCUGGUGCUGGGCUGGGGGAGCCAGAACGUACAUUCCCAGGACAGGGGACAGGCUCCCUGCGGUGCCGAGAACCGAGUCCCCAUGGCCUGGCUGAGCAGAGCCCUGCGUGUGGCAGCCACAUGCCCUCCCCCGGUCCUGGGGCCCCGCGCGCUGACCGGCCGGGCAGGCCCCACCACCGAGAAGAGCGUGCCGUACCAGCGGACCCUGAAGGAGGCCCAGGGCCCCUCGGCGGUGGCCCAGGGCCCAAGCCGGCCGCUGCCCAGCACAGCCAAUGUGGUGGUCAUCGGCGGGGGCAGCUUGGGCUGCCAGACCCUGUACCACCUGGCCAAGCUGGGCGUGAGCGGGGCAGUGCUGCUGGAGCGGGAGCGGCUGACUUCCGGGACCACCUGGCACACGGCGGGCCUGCUGUGGCAGCUGAGGCCCAGCGAUGUGGAGGUGGAGCUUCUGGCGCACACGAGGCGUGUGGUGAGCCGCGACCUGGAGGAGGAGACGGGGCUGCACACAGGCUGGAUCCAGAAUGGGGGCCUGUUCAUAGCAUCCAACCGGCAGCGUCUGGAUGAGUACAAGAGGCUCAUGUCGUUGGGCAAGGCGUACGGCGUGGAGUCCCAUGUGCUGAGCCCCGCAGAGACCAAGGCACUGUACCCGCUGAUGAACGUGGACGACCUGUAUGGGACCCUGUACGUGCCGCACGACGGUACCAUGGACCCCGCCGGCACCUGUACCACCCUCGCCAGGGCUGCUGCAGCUCGGGGAGCACAGGUCAUCGAGAACUGCCCAGUGACCGGCAUCCAUGUGCGGACCGAUGACUUUGGAGUGCGGCGGGUCGCGGCUGUGGAGACAGAGCACGGCUCCAUCCAGACGCCCUGUGUGGUCAACUGUGCAGGGGUGUGGGCGAGCGCUGUGGGCCGGAUGGCUGGAGUCAAGGUCCCUCUGGUGGCCAUGCACCACGCCUAUGUCGUCACCGAGCGCAUCGAGGGGAUCCAAAACAUGCCCAAUGUCCGCGACCAUGAUGCCUCGGUCUACCUCCGCCUCCAGGGGGAUGCCUUGUCUGUGGGCGGCUAUGAGGCUAACCCAAUCUUCUGGGAGGAGGUGUCAGACAAGUUUGCCUUCGGCCUCUUCGACCUGGACUGGGAGGUGUUCACCCAGCACAUCGAAGGUGCCAUCAACCGCGUCCCUGUGCUGGAGAAGACGGGGGUCAAGUCCACAGUCUGUGGUCCAGAGUCCUUCACACCGGAUCACAAGCCCCUGAUGGGGGAGGCACCUGAGCUCCGGGGAUUCUAUCUGGGCUGUGGUUUCAACAGUGCAGGAAUGAUGCUGGGCGGCGGCUGUGGGCAGGAGCUGGCCCACUGGAUCAUCCAGGGGCGCCCGGAGAAGGACAUGUACAGCUAUGACAUCAGGCGCUUCCACCACCUGCUCACGGACCACCGCCGCUGGAUUCGCGAGCGCAGCCACGAGUCCUAUGCCAAGAAUUACUCUGUCGUCUUCCCCCACGAUGAGCCCCUGGCAGGACGCAACAUGAGAACAGACCCCCUGCACGAGGAGCUACUCGCAAGAGGCUGCGUGUUCCAGGAGCGACAGGGCUGGGAGCGGCCGGGAUGGUUUACUCCCCAAGGCACAGCUCCGGUUCUGCAGUACGACUACUAUGGGGCCUACGGAAACCAGGCGCACGAGGACUACACCUACGGCUGCCUGCUCGGGGACGAGUACACAUUCGACUUCCCGCCGCACCAUGACGUGAUCAAGAAGGAGUGUCUGGCCUGUAGAGGAGCUGCUGCUGUGUUCAACAUGUCCUACUUCGGGAAGUUCUAUCUGGUGGGCUUGGAUGCGAGGAAGGCUGCCGACUGGCUCUUCUCUGCUGAUGUCAGCCGACCCCCAGGCUCGACUGUGUACACCUGCAUGCUGAACCACAGGGGUGGCACGGAAAGUGACCUGACCGUCAGCCGCCUGGACCCCAGCCCCCAGGCCUCCGCCCUGGCCCCUGCCUUUGAAGGGGACGGCUACUACCUGGCUGUGGGCGGGGCCGUGGCCCAGCACAACUGGUCUCACAUCAGCACAGUGCUGCAGGAUCAGAAGUUUCGGUGCCAGCUUAUCGACGGCUCUGAGGACCUGGGCAUGAUCAGCAUCCAGGGCCCCGCCAGCCGGACCAUUCUCCAGGAGGUGCUGGAUGCAGACCUGAGCAAUGAGGCUUUCCCUUUCUCCACCCACAAGCUGGUGAGAGCUGCCGGGCACCUGGUGCGGGCCAUGAGGCUCUCCUUUGUCGGGGAGCUGGGCUGGGAGCUGCAUGUGCCCAGGUCGGCCUGUGUGCCUGUGUACCAGGCUGUGAUGACCGCAGGCACCAAGCACGGCCUUGUCAACGCUGGGUACCGGGCCAUCGACUCCCUGAGCAUCGAGAAAGGCUACCGGCACUGGCAUGCCGACCUGCGCCCAGAUGACAGUCCCCUGGAGGCAGGCUUGGCCUUCACCUGCAAGCUCAAGUCGGCUGUCCCCUUCCUGGGGCGGGAGGCCCUGGAGAAGCAGCGGGCCCACGGCCUCCCCCGGCGCCUGGUGUGCUUCACGGUGGAUGAAAAAGUGCCCAUGUUCGGCCUAGAGGCCAUCUGGAGGAACGGCCAGGUGGUAGGCCACAUCCGGAGAGCUGACUUUGGGUUCUUCAUUGACAAAACCCUCGCCUAUGGCUACAUCCGGGACCCCAGUGGCGGGCCGGUCUCGCUGGACUUUGUGAAGAGUGGGGACUAUGCUCUGGAGAGGAUGGGGGUGACCUACCCUGCCCGGGCUCACCUGAGGUCUCCCUUCGACCCUGACAAUAAGAGGGUGAAGGGAAUCUACUGAUGUGCCCAUGGGGCGGAGUCUCAGCUGGCUGGGAGGCUGAGACCCACUCCGUCCCUGCUGACCAUCCGCACGGGGCCUGGCACCCUGGCCCGGGACCUGGACCCCAACCAGACCAUGGGCCCUCCCUGCUCUUGGGCCUGCUAACCCCCCAAACAGGCACAAACCGAGUGGCCACAAGACCCAGAGGGCCCACCCCUCCCCUUCUCCCCUCCCCCCAGAGCAAACCUGUAAGGCCUUGGGCGCAGGGAGCGUGGCGUGUGGCCUGCUACCAGCCUCUGAGAAGAUGCUCGGUCAACCCUUGGUGAGCCCAGGGUGGAUGCAGGGGGCAGAGAUUCACCUGCCGUCCUGGCCGCCUGAUGGGUGGACUGCCCGGAGCGCCAGCGGAGAGUUCCCAGGUGCAUCCAGAGCUGGCGACUGCGUGAGGCCCGACUGGUGCUGUCUGCCAUGAGCACAGUGUUGGAGGCAGGAGCAGACGUGCCAGCGUGGCUUGGUGGCUGCCGUUGGGCCGUGUCCCAGAUGCUGGCAGCCGGGACAAAUCUAGAAAGCAAGCUCUUCCUGCCUUGACCUGCUUUUCACAUGGGAAAGCCUUCUGACCAUCACAGGGGAGCAGAAGCCAGGGGUGGGAGGGGCAUCACUUGGGUGCCCUCCUCAGCCACAUAGGGCCCCACCCAGUGCCUUGAUUUCUCCAAGGGUGCCUCAUUCACUGGGCCUGUAAGGAGGGCGUGCUGCUGGCUAAGAACUUGACGGGAUCCUCAUGCUUUGUGGCCUCCAUUCUUGCUAUUUGACUGGGACCCAGCUCCCGUGCUGACUCUCUUGCUGACUCUCUUGUCUUGCGGCCCUGGGGAGGACCGUGUACAGGGUCUUCCAAAGGGGGUGACUGCCUUGCUCCCCUUCUCUGGGCCGCCAGAACUCACUAACAUUGACCUGUGUGAGCCUCGUCCCUGCCUCCCUGGCUGGAGUGGGUGUCCCUCCUGCUCCACGCCCAGGUCCCAGGUCCCCCUCCCUUCCACCUUCUGGACUCACCUUUGGGGAGCAGGGGACAAGAAGGACAGGGUUCCUGCGGACACACACAAGAAACAGCAUGGGGGGGGGGGGCAGCCGCAGGCAGUCCGCGGUGGGCCCCGGCUGCUGUCAGAUGCUCACACACCACACAUGAGCACAGUGCACAUGAGCAGCCCUACUGCAGACUGAGCUGGAACCGGUCAGGCUCAUAAAGUCAAAGUCGUGGGAAGA